AUGGGUUCCACAUGUGAAAUACUAUUUGCACCUCUUUUGUCUGAACCGGUCAUGAUUCAGUGGGAAUACACAGGGGAACCUGCACGAAGUGGUUCAGAAUUUAGAGAUGCUAGAAGUCCUAGUUUCAGCAAGAGCUCAACAUCUGAAUACAGUCCUGCCAAAAUGUUGCUAAAUGGGGUAGGGUGGUCAAUACCGCAGUCGCAAGGAAAUAGAGUUUCUGGUCGACCUGGAAAUAUAAAGGAGGAACUUCCAUGGAAAAUCAGAUCAUCUAUUAUACACUCUGUCCGUGCACAUCAUGGAGCACUAAGGUCUUUUGCUGUUUGCCGAGAUGAGUGCACGGUCUUCUCAGCCGGAGUCGGUCCAGGAUUCAGGGGAACUGUUCAGAAGUGGGAAUUGUCAAGAAUUGAUUGUCUAUCUGGAUACUAUGGCCAUGAUGAGGUUGUUAAUGAAAUUUGCGUACUACCAUCCUCCGAAAGGGUAGCUUCUUGUGAUGGAACAGUACAUGUUUGGAAUAGUCAAACGGGGAGACUGAUAUCUGUAUUUACUGAAUUUUCUGCAAAUUCUGCACAUCUUACAAGCCCUUUAGCUUCUGCACCAAAGAUGAAUUUUGAUCAAGCUCAUAUACUCAAUUUCAAUCCACUAUCAAGUGGAAUAAUGACUACUGCAUUUGAUGGAAGUUUGUACACUAGUAUGCAUUGCUUGGAAUCCACUGAUAUGCUUGUAGUGGGCACCGGAAAUGGUUCUCUCAGAUUCAUUGACUUCAACAAAGGUCAAAAGCUUCAUCUAUGGAGGAGUGAAUCUGUUGAAUCCAGUUUCCCGUCCCUUAUAUCUUCUAUAUGCUCUUCUGGUUUUGACAAAAUGCAAGCCAAUGGAACUGCAGCUUUUCCAUCUUGGAUUGCCGCUGGACUAAGUUCUGGUAAUUGCAGGUUGCUUGAUAUGAGGAGUGGAAAUAUUAUUGCCUCCUGGCAGGCACAUGAUGGUUAUGUGACGAAGUUGGCUGCACCAGAGGAUCAUUUGCUAGUUUCCAGCUCUCUUGACAGGACACUAAGAAUUUGGGACUUGAGAAGGAAUUGGACAUCACAACCCAUUGUUGUCAGAGGGCACAACGAUAGUGUAUCCAGUUUCUCUGUUUGGGGACAAGAUUUGAUCUCAAUAUCCAAAAAUAAGAUUGGGCUUUCUUCUUUAUCUAGAUCGGUUGAUGAGGAUGGGAAGCAUUGCGUCACACCCCAGCAUCUCUACAUGGCUGAUCAUGAAUCAAGGAACUUGUCUGUGUUAUCGAGCAUAACUAUUUUGCCUUUCUCACGACUGUUUCUUGUUGGUACAGAAGAUGGUUUUUUGAAAAUCUGUUGCGGGCCGCACUUUCCUAUUCCCAUGGCAGCAAUCUCUCGCGACCAAGAUGGCGGGCCGCACUUUCCUAUUCCCAGGGCAACAAUCUGUCGCGACCAAGAUGGCGGGCCGCACUUUCCUAUUCCCAGGGCAACAAUCUGUCGCGACCAAGAUGGCGGGCGGUACAUUCCUACCUACCUUAGCAACCCUAUUCCCAUGGCAGCAAUCUCUGGCGACCAAGAUGGAGUUCUCAAGUCGGUUUCAGACACACCACCUACUCAUUUCACCCUCAAAAUUCAAUUAUUUUCAUUACUAACAAAGAACAACAUUGAGAGAUACACUUCAGGUGAUUUCGAAGCUGCAGGUUAUAAAUGGAAGUUGGUUCUUUACCCAAAUGGAAACAAGAACAAAAAUAUUAAAGAUCACAUCUCUUUUUACUUGAUGAUAUCGGAAGUUAGUUCAUUGCAUCCUGGUUGGGAGGUGCAUGCUGCUUUUCGACUGUUUUUGCUUGAUCAGAACAAAGACAACUACUUAACACUUCAAGAUACAAGAAGAAAGGGAAGACGCUUUUAUGGAAUGAAGCUGGAAUGGGGUUUUGAUCGGUUCAUCCCUCUUACUACAUUUUCCAAUCCUGAUAAUGGGUAUCUUGUCAACGAUACUUGUGUCUUUGGAGCAGAGGUCUUUGUCUGUCAGGAGAAAAAAAAGGCUAAAGAAGAGUCAUUAUUGAUGAUGAAGGACGCUAUUAAGUACAAGCACACUUGGAAAAUUGAGAAAUUUUUAAAGUUAGACAAAGGGUGUGAAGACUCUGACACAUUCAAUGCUGGAGAUCAAAAAUGGAAGAUACAACUAUAUCCAAAGGGAAAAAGCAGUGGCAUAGGAACUCAUAUAUCUCUGUAUCUGGCUUUGGCUGAUCCCACAGCCCUUCCUCCUGGCUCCAAAAUAUUUGCAGAGUUCAUAUUGCGUAUACUAGACCAAACGCACAGCAAUCAUGACUUCGGAAAAGCGACUUACUGGUUCAGUGCAUCAAACCAACAAUGUGGUUGGCCUCGAUUCAUUUCACUCAGUUAUUUCAAUUCAUCUUUCAACGGCUUUCUGGUAAAAGACAGUAGCUGGGUGGAAGCAGAAGUCAUUGUCCAUGGGGUGGCUAAUGCACAGUAAGAAGUGCUUUAUUGUGUCAAAUUUGUG